UAUAAAUUUAAAUUCUUCAACUCUUUUCUUUCGUUUUAUUUACGCAGUGACAUUAGUUUGAGUUUCAAAAAAAAAAAGAGAACUUAAUAUAAAAUCCAGACAGUUCAACCUUAAAAAAAAUAGUCUUGAGGUCAGGAGACUAAUUCAAAGUAAAUUUGCUUCUCCAUUGGUGUUGACAUAAAAAGUUUGUUCAUCCAAGACUCGAGACUUGAAAGCAAUUAACAAUCGGCAAACAUGUUGCGGUUUUGUAGAGGAAUUAGAGCUGAUGCUAUAAUAAAAGUAAAUGAAAGAGCCAAUUCAGCAUUACUACAAAAGUUUCGUUCUCUCUCGGGUGUCGCAUCGACAACAUACAAUGGACCAAGUUAUGAGGAGACUCUUAAAAUGCGCAAAGAGUUUGUGACCCCAUCGGCAAUUCCAUUUUAUCGGAAGCCUCUCUUAAUACACAAAGGUGAAAUGCAAUUUUUAUAUGAUCAUAAAGGAGUCAAGUAUCUUGACUUGUUUGGUGGAAUCGUGACUGUCUCCGUUGGACAUUGCCAUCCCAAAGUAAAUGCGGCUUUGGAAGAACAAAUAAAGACUUUAUGGCACACAACAGCAAUCUAUAUGCAUCCAAAAAUCUACGAAUAUUCUGAAAAAUUGGCAUCUAAAUUACCCGGUGACCUCAAAGUUGUGUAUCUUGUGAAUUCCGGCUCGGAAGCAAAUGACUUGGCAAUUUUACUUGCACGUCUCUAUACAAAAAAUUACGACAUAAUAACAUUGAAGAAUGCUUACCACGGCGGUGGAACAAGUACUAUGGGAUUAACAGCACAAGCUCCAUGGUAUUAUCCAGCGCCAGGCAUCAAAAACAGCAUUCAUCAUGCAAUGAAUCCAGAUCCAUAUACAGGCAUUUGGGGCGGAAAAAAUUGCCGUGAUUCACCAGUUCAAACAAAACGUAAUUGCGAUUGCACGCAUGGGAAAUGUCUUGCGGAAGAUAAUUAUAUUAAUCAGCUCGAGUCUGAAUUUAAAUAUUCAUUGCCGAGAGGUAAAUUGGCUGCAAUGUUUGCCGAGUCUAUUCAGGGCGUUGGCGGUACUGUACAAUUCCCGAGAAAUUAUCUUAAACGAGCAGCGGAACUUGUACGUCAAAAUGGUGGCUUAUUUGUGAGUGAUGAAGUGCAGACGGGUUUUGGACGUACCGGAGAUCAUUAUUGGGGCUUUGAAGGACAUGAAAUUAUACCCGACAUUGUGACAAUGGCUAAAGGCAUAGGCAAUGGAUUUCCUCUCGGUGCCGUCGUCACAACACCGAAAAUUGCACAAGUUUUGACACAGGCUAUUCAUUUUAAUACAUUCGGAGGAAAUCCUCUCGCUUGUGCGGUUGGCAAUGCUGUAUUAGAUGUGAUUGACGAGGAGAAUUUACAACAAAAUGCUCUCGAUGUCGGUUCGUAUUUGCUCAAGGGAUUUGAGACUUUACGUGAUAAAUAUGAUAUCAUUGGCGAUGUAAGGGGAAAGGGUCUAAUGAUAGGCGUCGAAAUGGUUGCAAAUUCAGACACACGUAAGCCAAUGGAGGUAAAUAACUUCAUAGAUAUCUGGGAGAGAUGUAAGGAUAUGGGCGUGCUAUUCGGUAAAGGUGGCAUAAAUGGCAAUGUCUUUCGCAUAAAACCACCAAUGUGUAUUACAAAAGAGGAUGCUAAAUUCGCACUGGAAGUCUUUGAAGGAGCUGUUAAGAAUCAGUUGAAUAAUUAAUCUGAAUAGAUUAAUUUUAAUAUUUGAACAAUUAAAGAGAUGAGAAAAAGGAAAAAAAAGGAAGGAACUUCCUCUUGAUGGG